UCCCCGCGGCUGGAGCGCUGCGCGGGUGCCCCGGGGCGCGCCGAGCGCGGAGCAGACCCGGCAUGUCUCGGUGUGCGGCAGCCCCCGCCGGCCGUCAGGGCCCCGCGGCGGGGAACUUGGCGCUGGGCGCGGGCGGCGGCGGCGCUGCGCCCAUGUAGGGGUGGCCAGUGGGGCUUGCCCGCUGCCCGGGAGCGGCGGCGACAGCGCCGAGCAGCUCGCGGCUUCCCCGGGAGGCGCCGAGUGCGCGUGGCGACCCUCGGCCGCGCCGGGGGCCCGUCGAGGGGAAGAUGGGGGAGAAAGUUUCCGAGGCGCGGGAGCCGGUGCCGCGUGGCUGCAGCGGCCACGGCGCCCAGACUCCCGCCUAUGCGGCGGCCGCCGCUUCUUCACCGGACGCUUCUUCGGCCGAGUCCUCCUCGGGCUCAGAAACUCUGUCGGAGGAAGGGGAGCCCGGAGGCUUCUCCCGGGAGCCGCCGCCGCCGCCGCCGCCGCCGGGCGGCGCCCAGAUUGCCCGGCCGCCCGCCGCGGGGAUCCCGGCGCGCGUGGUGCUGGAGCGUGGAACCCCCGCGCCGCCGCUCCCCGGAGGAGUCGUGACGCCCGCGCCCCUGGACAGCAGCGCGUCCCAAGAGGAGCAGGACGAGGAGCUGGACCACAUAUUGUCCCCACCACCCAUGCCGUGUCGAAAAUGCAGCAACCCAGAUGUGGCUCCGAAGUCGCUCAAGUUUAAAAGACAGCUGAGUGAGGAUGGACGCCAGCUUCGGCGGGGGAGCCUGGGAGGAGCUCUGACCGGGCGGUACCUUCUUCCAAACCCGGUGGCUGGGCAGGCCUGGUCAGCAUCAGUGGAGACGUCCAAUCUUGUGCGCAUGCGCAGCCAGGCGCUGGGCCAGUCAGCGCCCUCUCUCACAGCCAGUCUGGAAGGGCAGCCUCCGAAGAGCCAUUUCAACUCAGCCCGACAUCGCCAGCGACUAGUGGACCCAGCUGCUUCAAAAAAGGAGCUGAGUCUGCCCAGAAGAGGAAGUUUGAUAGAUUCCCAGAAGUGGAAUUGCUUGGUCAAACGUUGCCGGACAAGCAACCGGAAGAGCUUGAUAGGCAAUGGGCAGUCUCCAGCAUUGCCUCGUCCACACUCGCCACUCUCCGCUCAUGCAGGAAAUAGCCCUCAAGAUAGCCCAAGAAAUUUCUCCCCCAGUGCUUCAGCCCAUUUCUCAUUUGCACGGAGGACUGAUGGACGCCGCUGGUCCUUGGCUUCUCUCCCCUCCUCUGGCUAUGGGACGAAUACGCCCAGCUCCACGGUCUCCUCAUCCUGUUCCUCCCAGGAGAAGUUGCAUCAGUUACCAUACCAACCAACGCCAGAUGAAUUACACUUCUUAUCGAAACAUUUUUGUACCACCGAAAGUAUUGCCACUGAGAACAGAUGCAGGAAUACACCCAUGCGCCCCCGUUCCCGAAGUCUGAGCCCUGGACGUUCUCCCGCCUGCUGUGACCAUGAAAUAAUUAUGAUGAACCAUGUCUACAAAGAAAGGUUCCCAAAGGCUACAGCGCAGAUGGAAGAGCGCCUAAGAGAAAUUAUCACCAGCUACUCUCCCGACCACGUUCUUCCUCUCGCGGAUGGAGUGCUUAGCUUUACUCACCAUCAGAUUAUUGAACUGGCACGGGAUUGCCUGGAUAAAUCCCACCAGGGUCUCAUCACUUCCCGAUACUUCCUUGAACUACAGCACAAAUUAGAUAAAUUGCUUCAGGAGGCUCACGAUCGUUCAGAAAGUGGAGAGUUGGCAUUUAUUAAACAACUUGUUCGAAAGAUUCUAAUUGUGAUUGCCCGCCCAGCACGGUUAUUAGAGUGCCUGGAAUUUGAUCCUGAAGAAUUUUACUAUCUGUUGGAAGCAGCAGAAGGUCAUGCGAAAGAAGGGCAGGGUAUCAAGACUGACAUUCCCAGGUACAUCAUCAGUCAGCUGGGGCUCAACAAGGAUCCCCUGGAAGAAAUGGCUCAGUUGGGGAACUAUGACAGCGGGUCAGCAGAAACCCCAGAAACGGAUGAAUCCGUGAGUAGCUCUAAUGCGUCCCUGAAACUUCGAAGAAAACCUCGGGAAAGUGACUUUGAAACAAUUAAAUUGAUCAGCAAUGGAGCCUAUGGGGCUGUCUACUUUGUUCGGCAUAAAGAAUCCCGGCAGAGGUUUGCCAUGAAGAAGAUUAAUAAGCAGAACCUCAUCCUGCGAAAUCAGAUCCAGCAGGCCUUUGUGGAACGAGACAUCCUAACAUUUGCGGAGAAUCCCUUCGUGGUCAGCAUGUACUGCUCCUUCGAAACCAGGCGCCAUCUGUGCAUGGUAAUGGAGUACGUGGAAGGGGGCGACUGCGCAACACUGAUGAAGAACAUGGGUCCUCUUCCUGUGGAUAUGGCCAGGAUGUACUUUGCCGAAACAGUUCUGGCCUUGGAAUAUCUGCAUAAUUAUGGAAUUGUGCACAGGGAUUUGAAACCAGACAACUUGCUGGUCACCUCCAUGGGGCACAUAAAGCUGACGGAUUUUGGAUUAUCCAAGGUGGGCCUGAUGAGCAUGACUACCAACCUUUAUGAGGGUCAUAUUGAGAAGGACGCUCGAGAGUUCCUGGACAAGCAGGUCUGUGGCACACCUGAAUACAUUGCACCAGAAGUGAUUCUGAGACAGGGCUACGGGAAGCCAGUGGACUGGUGGGCCAUGGGGAUUAUCCUCUAUGAAUUUCUGGUUGGAUGUGUGCCAUUCUUUGGGGAUACUCCAGAAGAGCUAUUUGGACAAGUCAUCAGUGAUGAGAUCAACUGGCCUGAAAAGGAUGAGGCGCCACCCCCUGAUGCUCAGGACCUGAUCACCUUGCUCCUCCGCCAGAACCCCCUGGAGAGGCUGGGAACAGGGGGUGCAUAUGAAGUCAAGCAGCAUCGGUUCUUUCGCUCUUUAGACUGGAACAGUUUGCUGAGACAGAAGGCGGAAUUCAUUCCUCAACUGGAAUCUGAAGAUGACACAAGUUAUUUUGAUACUCGGUCGGAGAAGUAUCAUCAUAUGGAGACAGAGGAAGAAGAUGACACAAAUGAUGAAGACUUUAAUGUGGAAAUAAGGCAGUUUUCCUCAUGUUCACAUCGGUUUUCAAAGGUUUUCAGCAGCAUUGACCGAAUAACUCAGAAUUCAGAAGAGAAGGAAGACCCCGGGGACAAAACCAAAAGCACAGCAUUGCCAUCCACAGAAACGCUAAGCUGGAGUUCGGAAUAUUCGGAAAUGCAACAGUUGUCCACAUCCAACUCUUCGGACACCGAAAGCAACAGGCAUAAGCUCAGCUCUGGGCUGCUUCCCAAACUGGCUAUUUCAGCAGAGGUAGAGCAUGAUGAGGCCACGCCCUGUCCCAGGGACCCUCACGAGGAGCCCGAGAAGCCAGCCCUGCCUCCUGCAGAGAGUGCCCAGGAGGAGCCCGAGGUCACCACCCCCGCCAGCACCAUCAGCAGCUCCACCUUGUCAGUCGGCAGUUUUUCAGAGCAUUUGGAUCAGAUAAAUGGACGCAGCGAGUGUGUGGACAGUACAGACAAUUCCUCCAAACCGUCCAGUGAAGCCGCUUCUCACAUGGCUCGGCAGCGCUUAGAAAGCACAGAGAAAAAGAAAAUCUCGGGGAAAGUCACAAAGUCCCUUUCUGCCAGUGCUCUGUCCCUCAUGAUCCCAGGAGACAUGUUUGCCGUGUCUCCCCUGGGAAGCCCCAUGUCCCCCCAUUCCCUGUCCUCGGACCCGUCUUCCUCCCGGGACUCGUCGCCCAGCCGAGAUUCGUCGGCGGCUUCGGCCAGCCCGCAUCAGCCCAUCGUGAUCCACAGCUCGGGGAAGAACUACGGCUUCACCAUCCGGGCCAUCCGGGUCUACGUGGGGGACAGUGACAUCUACACCGUGCACCACAUCGUCUGGAAUGUGGAAGAAGGCAGCCCGGCAUGCCAGGCGGGACUGAAGGCUGGUGACCUCAUCACGCACAUCAAUGGAGAGCCGGUGCAUGGGCUUGUGCACACAGAAGUCAUAGAGCUCCUGCUAAAGAGUGGGAACAAGGUGUCCAUCACGACCACCCCGUUUGAAAACACAUCCAUCAAAACGGGACCAGCCAGGAGAAACAGCUAUAAGAGCCGGAUGGUGCGGCGGAGCAAGAAAUCGAAGAAGAAAGAAAGUCUGGAGAGGAGGAGGUCUCUCUUCAAGAAACUCGCCAAGCAGCCUUCUCCUUUACUCCACACCAGCCGUAGUUUCUCCUGCUUGAACCGGUCCCUGUCCUCAGGGGAGAGCCUGCCAGGAUCCCCCACCCACAGCCUGUCGCCCCGAUCCCCAACGCCCAGCUACCGCUCCACGCCCGACUUCCCAUCCGGUACCAACUCCUCCCAGAGCAGCUCCCCGAGCUCCAGUGCCCCCAACUCCCCCGCAGGCUCCGGACACAUCCGGCCCAGCACCCUGCACGGCCUGGCCCCCAAGCUCAGCGGCCAGCGGUACCGCUCGGGUCGGCGCAAGUCGGCCGGCAGCAUCCCGCUCUCCCCGCUGGCCCGCACGCCCUCGCCCACUCCGCAGCCCACCUCCCCGCAGCGGUCGCCCUCUCCGCUGCUGGGCCACUCGCUGGGCAACACCAAGAUGACCCAGGCCUUCCCGAGCAAGAUGCACUCCCCGCCCACCAUCGUCCGCCACAUCGUGCGGCCCAAGAGCGCCGAGCCCCCGCGCUCCCCGCUACUCAAGCGCGUGCAGUCCGAGGAGAAGCUCUCGCCCGCCUACGGGGGCGACAAGAAGCACCUGUGCGCCCGCAAGCACAGCCUGGAGGUGACGCAGGAGGAGGUGCCACGGGAGCAGCUGCCCCGGGAGGCCGCGGUGGCCAGCCUGGAGGAGGCGGCGGUGUGCGAGGCGCCCUCGCUGAGCCGCGCGCGGCCCGUGGAGCAGGGCUGCCUCAAGCGCCCCGCCGCGCGCAAGGUGGGCCGCCAGGAGUCCGCCGAUGACCUGGACCGUGACAAGCUCAAGGGCAAGGGGGUGGCCAAGAAACCCGAGGGCCUCCCGGACAAACUAGACUCCCAGCACCCCAAAGCCCACGGCGCGGGCAGCGACCCCGAGAGCCUCCCGACCUUCCGGCUGGAAGACAGAGAGAAGGUGUACGGGAAGGCUGCGGAGAGGCCGAGCCCUUUCGAGAACAAGCCCUCGCUGCAGGAGCCCGCGGGCCCGGGCAGCCUGCUGAAGGACACCCUGCACAAGCAGGCCAGCGCCCGGGCCGGCGAGGUGGGCGCAGCGGACAGGGCCGCACCCCCCGAGCCCGGCCAGGCCGCCAGCGACCUCAAGCGAGCCUCUGCGCCCGGACCUCUCGGGGACAGCCUCGGCCCCGCCACCAACAGGGCCAGCCUUGGGAAGGCGGGGGAUGGCCCCGAGAAGGGCCCCCAGGCCAAGGAGUGUCCCCGCUGUGAGAAGCUCGACAGCCGGCUAGCCAGCCUGGACUACCUACGGAAGAUGAUGACCCUGGAGGACAAAGAGGACAGCCUGGGUCCGCCCGGACUCAAGCCCAAGGUGGCCGGUGGCGCCCACGAGGGCCUGUCUGGGAGCCCUGGCCGGCCGGCCGGAGCACAGCAGGAGACGCUGACCGCCCCCGAGGGCAGAGCCUUUGUGGCCACUGCUCACGGGGCCCAGGUGGGUGCCGUCUCCUUUGUCCCGCUGAAGACCCUGAGCGGCCGGGUGGACGGCGGAGCAGAGAAGCCAGGCCUGGCACCCCCCGAGUCGCCCGUCCGCAAGAGCCCCUCGGAGUACAAGCUGGAAGGAAGGUCGGUGUCAUGCCUGAAGCCCAUUGAGGGCACGUUGGACAUCGCUCUUCUGUCGAGGCCCCAGACCUGCAAGGCCGAGCUGUCUUCCCCAGAGCCCGCCCAGAGCCCCUGCCCAGGCAGUGACCCUGGCCCCCUGGGGCCCCCUGCCCCGCCCAGCAGCGGGGCCAAAAAGGGUGAACCCACAGGCCAGAGGGAGCCGCCUGCCGCCAGCUUUAAGGUGACCAAGUCCUACCUGCUGGAGCCCCGCUUCCCGCCCCCUAGCCGCAGUCUCCACGCGGCCCCAGCGGCGGCCCUGAGUGAGGCCGAGCUGCGGCGGGACAGAAGGGUCCCCCAGGCCGCCCGCAGCUCCACGCCCCUCGCCGAGAGCCCUGCCCCACGCAGAGAGGGGGGCUCCGACGCCAAGCUCCUGCCCUUCCCCGGGCAGAACCUGCACAGCACCGCUGAGCUAGCCAAGCCCCGGGGCUCACUGCCCCCCGCAGGGGAGCCCCUGAAGGAGAAGGGCAGCCCGAGGGACUCCGCCGAAAGGGGCCCGUCCACCCCCCGGAGUGAGGGCCCUGUCCUGAGAGCCGAUGGCCGCCGAGAAGUCUCCGCAGACCCGUGUCCUUCAGAUGCCACCCGAGCCAGUGACAGCUCCAGAAACCUCCUCUCGGUGGGCCGGGCCCUCCCCCCGGAGCCCCCCACGCAGCGUCAGGCCGUGGAGAAGGCCUGCGGGCCGGGAGGGAAAGUGCACCUCAAGGAGGGCCGCGGUGACGAGUCCAGGCCCCUGGCCAGGCAGGAUGCAGCGGGGACCCCCGGCGAGCGCGAGCCGGGCAAGGGCAGAAGCAGCCUGGACCCCAGACUGGACGCCGCUGGCCCGGCCAGUCGCUCCCCGCAGGGCCCUGUGCUGGGGGCCGGGAAGGGUGAGAAGCUCGCGGGUGUCUCCUCCUUGCAGAAAGACGGUGCCCAGGAACCCGAGAGGAAAGAGCAGCCGUCCCCAAAGCCGCUCAGCAGCGCCUCUCAGCCACCUCCCGCCAUCACCAAAGAACCCCCCAGCCCGGCGACGCGGCCGCCCUGCAGCACCCCGAGUCUGGCCGCCUCUGGCAGGGAGCCGAGCAGCCGGCCUCGCGCUGCAGAGCCUGGCCCGAGCCCCCUCGACCCGCCCAGGCCCACGGCCGUGCACCGAGAAAGCAGCGGCCACAAGCCCCAGCCCAGCCCUGAUGCAGGAACCCCAAAGUCGAAGCACCCAGACAGGCCCAUCUCCUCCCAGAAGCUGAGUGCGGGGGCCACGCCGCUGGGCAGGGAGCCUGGCACCUCGGGCCUCGAGGGGAGGGGCAGCAGUAAGGGGGUGCAGGAUGCCCCCCCUGCCAGCCCAGCCUCCCAGAAAGCAGCCAGCAGUGCCCCUGGCCAGGGUGGAGCCGGGUUAUCAUCGUCCCCUGCGCAGCUCGCCGAGGGGGGUCCCCCGGACGCCAGGCUCAAAGCCACGGCAGGUGGGCGCCCCAUGGAGGCGCUGGAGAAACACCUGCCGAAGCCAGGAAGCGAGUCCGCAGACCCUAAGGUCCCGGCUGUGGGUGAGAAGCAAACCCUGUCUCCAAAGCACCCCAAACCGUCCACUGUGAAAGAUUGCACCCCUCUGUACAGACAGAUGGACAGGAACCCCAGUCCCCAGACCGCUGCCACUGCAGACCGGAAAUCUGAAGGGAAGAAAGGCACAGAAGCACUUUAUGUCCAGGCUGAUGGCGAGAGGCUGGAGGCCAGCCCGUCCCAGGCACAUGGCGAGGCCAGGCUGCCCGGCGUGGAGAGGCCAUCAGUGGCUGGGCCCAAGGGCAUCCCAGAGGCCAGAGGGAAAGGCCUGGGGCCCCAGAAGUCCCUGACUGAGGCCGCCAAGCCCGGCAGCCUGAAACGGUCGCCCUCGGCCACUGGGCAGACUUCCUUCCGGCCAGCCGCCCUGCCCGAGAAGUCUCUGAGCUGCUCCUCCAGCUUUGGCGAAGCCAGAGCCAGUGCAGGGGAGGCCCCUGUGUCCAGCAGUGACCCCUCAUCUGCCAAGGCCCAGUGGGCCGAGGGUCCCAGCCCUAGGGACCCAAGGAAGUGUCUGCCCGGGGUGGACAGCAGAACGCAGAUGACCAAGAGUGACUCUUUGCCAUCCUUCCGGAGCGCCCCACUCUCCCUGGAGCCGCCCCAGUGCACCCCUGCGGUGGCGGGCGGAGCCGGGCACCGGGACCGGGCCCUGUCCGUCACUGCCCCCGCAGGAGAGACCAAAGGGAAGGAGACGGCUUCGGCCCAGUCACUGCAGCCAAGGAAGCCGAGCACGGGCCGCGAGGCAGCCAAGCCAGGCCCUGCGCACACGCCCAGCAGCGACCGGCCCUUCUCCCUUUCUUCCGAAAAGGACUUUGUGGUGCGACAGAGACGGGGGAAAGACAGCCUGCGGAGCAGCCCUCACAAAAAGGCCUCCUCCUAAUGGAGCAGGCCCCGGAAGGGCUGGGGGAGCCCCCUCCACCCCCCCCAUCUUGAAUGUGUAACUAUCUUCACUACCUGUCGAAAGUAGCCCCAUGGGGGCACAGUCCCCCUGGCCAGGCCAGAGUGGAGGGAGGGGAGUGGAGGGAGGAGCGAGGCAAGGAGGAUGCAGAGCGGAAGAGAGGGCCUUCUUCCAGGGCCUCCCCGCAGUGCCUGGUAACCUGUUACCAGAUGGUAUGUGUACACACAAGACAGAAGGAGGGGAGAGAGGAGAAGGCCCGCAAGAUCCCUUUGCAGUGGAGGGCUGUUGAGGAGAAAGGUUUCCUCUGUACAUAUCUAGCAAUGUGUUUGGCUUGGGAUGUAGAGUGUAAACUUUGCUGCUGGUUGAGUUGUUUACUAUCUCUCUCUCUCUCUCUCUCUCUCUCUCUCUCUCUCUCUCUCUCUCUCUCUCUCUCUCUCUCUCCCCCCCCCCCACCUUUUAAAAAAAUAUACGGUUUUUUGCUUGACCACUUAUCCUAAGAUAGUAAUGAAGUGAGAAGGUCAAUGGGGUGUGUGGAAGGUAGAGCCGCACCCGCCUUUCUGUGUAAACACAUCCACCCACAUGUUUUGGUCUGUGUGUGGUUCCAGAGACUGUUUCAAGGCUCCACCUUUUUUGUUUUUUUUGUUUGUUUGUUUUUGAAUCCGUUAAAACAUUCUAAGUAGAGUUUGAGAGAUGAAAGAAAGCCCUACCUAGAGUGGACAGCGAGUUUCAGUCGUGUAUUUAGAACCAGAGAUGAUGAUAGCACAGUGGCAGGCUGCCUUAUAUUUCCCGAUCAGAAGCAAGAGCUCUUGCUCGCUGCACGGGGAAGCCGCCUCCGCUAGGCAGGGCUUGAGCAGAUGGCGUAGCCCACUCGUGUCCCGGUCACCCUAAUGGACAUCUCAGUCCAGGGUUCAGUUGUCUGUCAGACCGGCUGUCCUUGUCUGUGGGGUAUCUGUCAGUCCUCACCUUGGGUCGUGGGUUGAGCAGGGAUUGGGCUCCCAACACACGUCGACUUGAUUUCUGUUCUCUCCUUUUCCCUUCUGGUUUUUUUUUUUUUUUUGCUCUUACACUCAGGCCUGGAUGCUCUGAACCACUGGUCCAAGAAGCACACGUCUCCGGGUAUCGUCCCGCACCAACUUUGCUUCUGAACAAAAACAGAAAACUUGCUGGUCACACACAAAUCCCAUAGUACUUAGUUGAGUAAUGAGCAUUAGGCAUUGGAAGAGGCUUUACGUUCUUUUUUUUUUUUUUGCAAGAAAAGAUGGGGGAGUGGAUUUUUGGCAUCAUAGCAUAUAUAUUUAGGAAUAAUCAGGACAUCAGAUACAUUUUAAUACAUAGCUGGGGCCUUAUGUUGUAGAUGAAGCUUGCUGUUUUUUAGCAAGUUCCUGGGUUUCACAUUCAUUUCGGAUGCAUUGAGUAGCUCCAUACUUUUCAUGACAUGAUCUCUUUAUUUGUAUGCAAAAAUUUUUACUGUAUUAAUAAAGAGCAGCAUUUUUGUACAAAAAAAAAGACUUGUUGGAGCUAUUUGGUGCUUGAAUGUGACUGUCCUUUUUACUUUUGCUAGGCCUUAUUUAAACUUUGUAUACCAUAGACUAUGUAGACUUUGUCAGAUCAUUUUAGUGCUGGGGGGAGGGGGUCUUUGUUUUUACAUUGCAGUUUUUCUGGUGACUUGUUUUGUACUGUAAGAUGGCACUCACUGACAUAAGUACUAAGGCACUAAGAGAAUAAAAAAUACGCACAGAUAUGUAUAAGAUGCUUGGGAUCCAUAGAAGAAUUUUUUGUUUCAUUUGUAGAGGAAAAAAAAAACCCCAGUAAAUAUUAAUCCCACACCCAAACCCCCUCAGGGAUGACUUAGUGUUUAGGCUAUAAAAUUAUUCAUCCAAGCACAGUAUUAUCUUAGAGCCCUGUGGAUUGUAAAUCAUUUAACGUGGCUGUAAACUCGGCUCCAGAAACGAAGGCAUAACUUAACCAAAUGCUUGGUUGUCCUUUAUUGUAAAAUGAGUUGGCAAUAGCAAAAACUUAAAAAAUAAAAAGCAAGUCUCCUCUUUGACACCCAACAUUUCUUUACCCGUGUAGUUUUAGCCACCCCCCCCCCCAUAACUGUGUUGUGAAAUGGUAGAAGAAGUAAAUCUUUUACAAGGACUUAAAGUGAGUUUCAAAAGUGGUCUCAACCAUUAUAAUUCUGUGUUGAACAGUUGUCAUAACCCGGUCCGUCUGUAUGCAGGCGUCGACAAAGGUCUUUCGGGGAUGUAGUUCAUGGUUUACAGCCUUUGCUUUUUAACUGUCCAGUUUUCCUUUAAAGCACAACUAGCUGCUUGUUUACAGAUGAUAUAUUUAUGUAUAUUUUGUACAGUGUAUUAUCAUUUUUUUCGCCAAAUACGUUUUGCAUUCUGGAUGAAUAAAGAGUACCUAAGGUUGCAUUCAUGUAAUACUUGUUCGUUGUUGUAAACCUCUCCAGUCAGCUGGUAGGAAUUCUCCUGUGUUCUCUUUGGUCAGUCUCCUGUGAUUGUAAGACGUGCUCCUCGGUAGUAUUCCCAGCUGUAGACUUACCAGCUUAAACGUUUGUUAGGAUCUGUGCAAUAAAGUGUUUGCAGUCUUAUUUUCUCUAAGAAAUUCCCUAUGGAUGUCAUAAUUGUUGUAUAUUGAACAAAUAUUUAUACUUAUGCAGUUGCAUAACAUUGAAAUAAAAAUUUAGCAUGAAAAGAUAA